CUUGUGGACAGGGCUGAAUCUCUGCUUUUCCAGAGGCACACACAGCUGAGAUCAUGGCAUUUGACGGCAGUUGGAAAGUAGACCGGAGUGAGAACUAUGAUAAGUUCAUGGAGAAAAUGGGCGUGAAUGUGGUGAAAAGGAAGCUUGCAGCUCAUGACAAUUUGAAAUUGACCAUCACACAAGAAGGAAACAAAUUCACAGUCAAAGAGUCAAGCACCUUUCGCAACAUUGACAUUGUGUUUGAACUUGAUGUCAACUUUACCUACAGUCUAGCAGAUGGAACGGAACUCAAUGGGACCUGGAGCCUUGAGGGAAAUAAACUCAUUGGAAAAUUCAAACGCGUAGACAAUGGAAAGGAGCUGAUUGCUGUCCGAGAAAUUUCUGGUGGUGAACUCAUCCAGACCUACACAUAUGAAGGAGUCGAAGCCAAGCGGAUCUUUAAGAAGGAAUAGGCAAGCUCCUUGGAGCUGGAGCAACACUGAAGAGCUAAACUCUUGUUAGACUUCUCUCUCCAUGAUGUCAACGCCAGGAAGAGUCAUCCUUUCAUGAGCAUUGAUAGAUUUCCAGUCUUCUCAAAGCCAGAGAAGCUAAUUAGGACUUCAUUUGUUUUAUGUUCCUUCAGAUAUACAUUAACUGGAGUUUAAAAGAAAAUAAAUAAUAUUCUCACA